AAGUGUUGGUGAGACUUAUGCUUUUGCAUUAGUUUGAAAGAGUUAUAUUGGUGUUAAGUUAGUGGUAUGGGGAGACAACCUUGUUGUGACAAACUUGGGGUGAAGAAAGGACCAUGGACUGCUGAGGAAGACAAAAAACUCAUAAAUUUCAUUCUUACAAAUGGUCAAUGUUGUUGGCGUGCUGUUCCUAAACUUGCUGGUCUUAGGCGUUGUGGUAAGAGUUGUCGUCUUCGUUGGACUAAUUAUCUUCGUCCUGAUUUAAAGAGAGGUCUUUUAACCGAACAAGAAGAACAACUUGUUAUUGAUCUCCAUGCUCGUCUUGGAAACAGGUGGUCCAAGAUUGCUUCCAGAUUACCAGGGAGAACAGACAAUGAGAUUAAAAAUCACUGGAACACUCACAUUAAGAAAAAGCUCAUUAAGAUGGGAAUUGAUCCAAUUACUCAUGAACCUCUCAAUAAACAAACUACAUCACAAGAUAGUACUAAUUCAUCCCCUGCAGAUAAUUUUCCACAUGCUGAAAAUAACCAUGAGGUGAAGGGAACUGAUGGUGUUGUUGUCAACUCAGAGGAGAAUUCAAGUUCCUCUCCAGCUGAAAAUUCUUCUGGAGAAGAUUCCCUUUUGCUGGAUAGCAUUUGUAGUGAUGAUUCUCUAAUGAAUAGUUUGUGGUUGGAUGAAACACCAUUGGUGGAAGCACUUUGGGAAUGGGACAACACUACAGUUAUAGAAGAGAAUACAAAAAAUGACAUGAGUUUUGUGCCUUCUUGGGAGGAUAAUUGUUCUUGGCUAUUGGAUUGUCAAGAUUUUGGUAUUCAUGAUUUUGGAUUUAAUUGUUUCAAUGAGAAAGAGUCAAGUACAAUACAAACUAUAGACAUGAAGGAAAAUAGUAAGCAUUAGCAUAUGAAUAAAUAAAGUAUUUAUAUUUGGUGGUGAAGGGAAAUCAAUGGCUUCAAAUAUGUACAUGUGACAAAAUACCAUGAGCUCAAAUUUUAUGCUCUUGUGUUGAGUUUUUUCUAUGGCACCCAAAAAAAAAAAUUUAGCAAACCAAAAUUCAGGGAAAUGCUACAUAGUACUUUCUUUCCAAUUGGUGUAAUUUGAUUAUGUGUACUUUAGUGACAAAACUAAAGUGAAAUAUAAAAGUAAUAUUAGAGGGUUCUAAAACCUGAAUAUUGUACACAGAUUUUUACUUUGAAAAUAAUGGUGAAAUCUUAUGUGAUUUAUUUA